AUGACAUCCCCUUCCCACCGGCGCCUCCUAAAAGAAGCCUCCGAACUCGCCUCCCACCCCUCCCCGCACUUCACCGCUCACCCCGUCUCCGACUCCAACCUCUACGACUGGCACUUCACCCUCGCCGGCCCGCCACCCCCCUCCCCCUACGCCGGGGGCAUCUACCACGGCCGCAUCGUCCUCCCCCCAACCUACCCCCUGCGCCCGCCGUCCUUCCGCUUCCUCACCCCCUCCGGCCGCUUCGAGGUCAACCGCGAGAUCUGCCUGAGUAUCUCGGGCCACCAUGAGGAGACGUGGCAGCCUGCGUGGGGGAUCCGGACGGCGCUGCUCGCGCUGCGGAGUUUCAUGGAUGCGGACGCGAAGGGGCAGGUGGGUGGGUUGGAUGUCGAUGUGAGUGUGAGGAGGCAGUAUGCGGUUGAGAGUCGGCGGUGGGUGUGCGAUGUUUGUGAGGGGGGGAGAUCGAAUGAGGAGGUAUUGCGCGAGUGGAGGGAGGUGUGUCGCGCGAAGGGGGUUGCUGUUGAUGAUGAUGAUGAGGUUCAGGGUGCUACCGCCAACGAGGGCACUGCUUUGGUAGAAGCAAAAUCAGAACCAGUGCCAGAACGAGAACCGGCGGAUACGAAUACAAAUACAGGGACGGAUACGGCGCCUUCUCAGCGGGAAUCGGGAUCGCUGCCGUCGAGGGAUGGUGCGCCGUCGCAGGUGCAGGUACAGGUACCGUCUGUGUCAUCUGCGCCUGCAGGAGCAGCUGCACCUGCACCUGCACCUACGCCGACGCGCACGACUCCUGUCCAGACUACGACUACGACUACGACUACGACUACUUCUCGACCUACUACCACAUCAGAUGCGCCGUGGCUGGAUCGAGCCAUCCUGGGUGUUCUCGUCGCGUUGGCGUUUAUGAUCGUACGACGGUUUGCAAAGUCGGAGGAGUAUUAG